AUGACAGGCCUAGCAAGCCCUGCUGUGGCGUCCAGAAUUAUCUCCCCGGUGUUUGUAAGUCGCUUGAGCUGCCUGAAGGCCGUUGGCGUGGCCACACGCAGAUACAAGAGUUACAAGUCUGACAUUGAAUCUUUAGAAGAGCUGGCGAAGCUGAAAUCAUUGGACGAUGUUGAUCCGGAGCUGGUAAGGAGACUGAUUAACGAGAGAACAGAUCAAUUAAACACCCAGAAUGAGCUUGAUAUGCUAAAGCAGAUUCAGUCUCAGGAAAAACAACAGCAACAAAUGGCCCUGCAAAAGUUCGUUAGACCCAUGUGGAUAUUCUUACUGAUGAGUUCCUUCGUGUAUCUGGGAGGCCAUUGGAUUUGGUGGAAGCUUGAGUAUGACGAGCGAGAGAUUGAGCUGGACAAGGAAGUUCAAGCGCUGCGGAAAGAACUGGAUGAGGCCAUUGAACAGAGGAACUCAAUGCCAGAUGCUGUACAAAAUUCAACCCAUCUCCAGCAGGAGCGUUCGCAGAAGUCCCGAAAGUGGUACCUAGCCUGGCUUUGGUAG